UCAAAAGCAAAACCAAAACUUUUCGAUUUCAGCUAAAAAAUAGAAAAUUAAUUAUUUGAUAUUCCCAUUUAGUGUUUUCUGAAAAGUAAAGUGACUUAAAUGAAAACAAAUAUGACUGAGCUUUUUCCAAGUUCAUAGCUUUUUUAAAUUUUAAAUCCAAUAUGCUCUGGUGAAAUAUAAUAGGCCAAAGCCAAGUAUUCAACUUUUAAGGUUGCUGCCAUAUAUAGACUUAGAAUGGAAACUGUAAGAAGAUCAUGGAAAUUACAAGAAUUUGUUGCACACAAGGCAAAUGUCAAUUGUCUGGCUAUGGGACACAAGUCAAACCAAGUGCUGGCUACUGGAGGUGAUGAUAAAAAGGUGAACCUAUGGGCUAUCGGACGUCAAGGUUGUCUAAUGAGUUUAAGUGGACACACAACCCCUGUGGAAUGUGUAUGUUUUGGACAUUCAGAAGACUUGGUAUGCGCAGGCUCCCAGACAGGUGCUUUAAAAAUUUGGGAUCUAGAAGCUGCCAAACUUUUGAGAACAUUCACAGGUCAUAAAGGGGCUAUCAAAUGUAUGGACUUCCACCCCUAUGGAGAUUAUUUGACUACAGGCUCAUGUGAUAGCAAUAUCAAGUUAUGGGACACAAGGAAGCGAGGGUGUAUUGUCACUUAUUCGAGCCAUCGCCUUGCUGUUAAUAGUCUUCAAUUCAGCCCAGAUGGCCAGUGGAUUGCAUCAGCAUGUGAAGAUGGUUUUGUAAAAGUCUGGGAUGUAAGAGUUGGAAAGGUGUUACAAGAGUUUGUGGAGCACACCUCAGGGGUAACUUGUGUCAAGUUUCACCCACAUGAGUUUCUUCUGGCCAGCUGUGGCGCAGAUAGAACUGUUAACUUCUGGGAUAUGGAAAAGUUCCAAUUGGUGUCAAAAUUUGAAAAAGAUAACACGUCUAUCAGGCACAUGGCAUUCAGUGAUGAUGGUGCAACCUUGUUGGGUUGUGGGAAUGAUGGACUGCAUGUGAUUGGAUGGGAGCCUGCAAGAGUACUGGACACUAUCACUGGCCACUGGGGACAAAUUCAUGAUCUAACUGUUGCCCAAACACAACUGAUCGCGGGCUCUUACCAUUCAACUUACGUAGUUUUAUCAGUAGUGGAUCUCAGUAAAGUGCAUCCGUUCGGCGGGCCUCCGCCGGCGGUCACUACCGCGGUGCGAGACCUCUCGCCGUUCCAAAAAGGCCAGUCAGUACGUAAGAGUUUUUCAAAAGAGAAACCGCCUAAAGAAGUGAUGCAUAGACCGACGCUGCUAGAUGAGAAGACAGCAGAGGAGUCCACGUCUGGCACGGAGGCAGAUGAAGAAUCAGGUGCUGUUAUACCUAAUAUUAAUGACUACACUGAAAUAUUCCGCCCGUCUAGAGCAUUGACACGGACACCGCCGCCAGCGAGCAGUUUAUCAUCAGAAGACUUUUCACUGAUAGUGGGGGCGGAGGGCGGCAGCAAGGCGGAGGCGGCAGACGCCAGCACGUCGCUGCGCGCGCUGCUGCUGGAGGAGCGGCCGCGCGACUCGCGCAUCCCCACGCCCAGCGCCGCCGCACCCAGCCAGUACUCCGCCAGAGACAAGAAACCACAGAUAUUUUCAAGGAUAGUGGUGGAAAACAACAAGGAUGACAAUUUGUACUCCACAACGCCAGCAUCAAACGAAUUUUCUCCCAAUCUAACACCUACAUUAAACCGGCACAACUCAUACAAAGAGUCGAAGACUACUAUGGAUAUAAGUCCGAACAGUCUUCGUCAAAGCAACAGUGAAGUGUCGUUAGGUCCGCCGUCCCUAGGACCAAGGUCUUUAUCAUUCACAAGGCCACCUAGUCAAAGCUCAAGAGCGCGACUGGAGAGCACGGGCUCGCAGCGCGACUCUGAGCCGGAGUUCGUGCCCUACUCCGUGGACCGGCCCGUCGGGCUCGACCUGGACGAGUUCUUACCGCGCGGGCUGACGGCGGGCGGAGCCAGGCGCGGUGCGCGCGGCGGCGGCGCGGAGCCGAGCGAGCAGGAGGUGCUCGGCGUCAUGAUGCGCGGACACGACUCCAUGAUGGCGGUGCUCGCUGCGCGCCAGCGCGCUCUGCAGAUUUUUCAUUCAGUGAGAAUUAACAAAAGUCUAAAAUCAGCAUUAGAAUCCGCAAUAGCUUUAGAUGACGCUUCUGUGAUCUUGGACAUUCUGAACGUGAUGGCACAUAAACCAUCAUUGUGGAACUUAGACAUAUGCCUUUUAAUGCUGCCUAAAAUAUAUGAACUGCUCCAAAGCAAAUAUGAAUCGUACAUGCAAUGUGGAUGCAAUGCGCUGAGGCUAAUAGUGCGGAACUUCUCGUCGGUGGUUCGCGCCAACGUGAGCGCGCCGGUGCGCACCCUCGGCGUCGACAUACCCAGAGAGGAGCGGUACACCAAGUGUGUGCAGAUCCACCGUCUGCUCCUCGACAUACGGGCCUUCCUCCUCAAGAGACAGACCCUUCAAGGUAGACUCGGCGCCGCCUUCAGAGACUUACACACGCUGAUGCAGCAGGGACUAGACUGACGAUACCCACCAAAUGACCCUCCCGGGUCAUUGUAUUUUUAAAUUUCAUUUUAAUAAUGACGCUAUGUUCUUAACAUAUAGAAUAAUCAUAUAAAAUGUACUUAAAUAUCAAUAGACACACUAAAAAGUAUUAACACUUAUUUUAAAUUAGCUAAUAUAAUAUUUCACAAAAUUGGUAAAUUCAUUAGAUGCCAUAUUGUCACCUAAAUUGUUAUUGCGGCUAAUAACUAAGACUUUGUGUAGUUCUUUUUGAAACAAGUAAUAAAAUUGCUGAUAUAUUCUAAAAUUUAACAAGUUAAAGUGGCUAUACUGUACAAAAGAUAGUUUAUAAAUAUUGUUAAUUUAUUAUAAAAAACAGUUGAUCCAGAAAGUGUAGAAGUCUUGGGUAAACACCCAAGACUUUGUCAGUCCAAAAUUGUUGUUACAAAAUACACUUUCAGAUUUAACGGUUCACACCAAUUUUAGGAAAUGAAUAAUAGCAUUGAAUUAUUAUCUCUCUCAUUUAUUAGGUAUUGGCAAAUAACUCCUUAGGGCUGAAUAGGGAUGAUGACAGUUAUUUAAAUUGUAUAUAAAUUAAGAGUAUGCUAAUAGUAAAGCAAUUUUGGAAAGGAACAGGGUGUCUGCGACCUUUACUUUCGGAGCUACAGGGAUUUAAAGGGUCAGAUUUGCGGUGCUGCCACGGAUCUCUGAAAAGAGCCCCAAAACAAAAUGGCACGAACUAAUGACGUUGUAUGUAAUGCAAUGAUCGUUAGAUGUGUAUGUGCGUUCAAACAAAAUUACUAAUAUCUUUGUUAUAUGUGCGUUUAUGUUUAUAGUUCAUAUAUUAAAAAAUGUCACAUUUAAUGUAAAGAAGCUAAAACUGUAUGAAUUUUCAUCUAAUUAGGAUAAAAGAUUUUUAAUAGAUUUUAAAAUUUUGUAAUCUCAUUUAUUUUGCAAAUAUCCAGACAAUCUUUGCUUUUUAUGUAUAAAUUAGUUAACAUUGACCCUAUUUACCCGAAUGUAUCAUAAAAAUCAAUAUAUUCAAACCUAGUCAUCAUCCCCAUUGUCCAAACUCAAAUUAAGGUAAUAUUACUCCAGAAAUUUGUUUUCACGUAUCAUUUUACAUUCUGAGCAAUAUAUUUGCAACCACUGAAACAUUCAAAGCUGGAUUUUAAAUUGGACCCAGCCUUGAAUCAGAAAAUACAGUACAAACUGGAGGAAAAUAUCAUGUACAGACUUUGAUAAUAGUAUAACAACUUAUUUGUAAAAUUGUUUGUAGUUUUGCACCUAAAAUAUUCUCAUAAUAGACUGACAAUUUUAAAAAUGGUCUGAUUGUAAUAAAAUUGAUUGAAUGUUACUGCAA